AGUGCCCGGUAGUGCCUUGUGGCUCUGUGAACUGUGUUGACCACACAAUUCUGUGUGUGUGUGUGUGUGGAUGGGUGGGUUUGUGGAUGAAUACGAAGAGGGUCUUACACACUCGGACAGCAUUAACGUCAUAACUUAUUACAUAAAGAAACUUUCUGGGACCAAAGGAGAUGCAGUGGUGCAAAUGGGCUGGCAAAUGGAAAUCUCACCUACCAGGACAGGAGUACAGGAAGAGGACGCCUGUGAUUUCCUAUUUAAAAUUAUCUUUGUUGGAGACAGCAACGUGGGAAAGACGUGCAUCAUCCACAGCUUCAAGUCUGGAGAGUUCAGAGACAAACAGCAUAACACUAUUGGUGUAGACUUCACUGUGCAUACCAUGGAUAUAGACGGCAAGAGGGUGAAGAUGCAGAUAUGGGACACGGCUGGCCAGGAGCGUUUCCGCACCAUCACACAGAAUUACUAUCGCAGUGCUCAUGGGGCUAUGAUCGCCUAUGACCUGACGCGCCGUUCCACUUUUGACUCACUACCUCACUGGAUACAUGCAGUAGAACAGUAUGGAGUUGCCAAUGUAGUCUUUGUAUUUAUAGGUAACAAGUGUGACCUGCAGCCCCAUCGACAGGUGUUGUUUGAGGAUGCCUGCACUCUGGCUGAACAGAAGGGUGCUCUGGCCGCCCUGGAGACAUCUGCUAAGGAGAACCAUAAUGUACAAGAAGCCUUUGAGCUGAUGGCACGGGAGCUAAUAGUACGAAAUGGAGGCAUAGUCCCACAUGAAGCCUUGUCAGAUUCCUCAAAUCCCUUUCUAUACACUGAGACUCACUCAAUUGGUGAAGUGGAGUCCCUAGAGAAGAAGUCCUGUGAGUGCUGAAAUAUUGGGAUUUAAAGGAAUGGUGUUCUUUCAGAGACCAUUUAAAGACUUCUAAAACAUUCUCAAGCAUUAACCCGCAUUAGUACAGUGAAUUGUGGUUCAGAGGAGAAAUGGCUACAGACACACUCCAUUUUCAAAUACUUGCUACAUGCUCUCACGUAUAUACACGGUGCACAGGGGGACAUGUGCAAUAUUGUGUGCAAUAUGAUAGUUUAACUUAUAAAUUAACUUUGUGUGUUCUUUUCCCAUGUUAAUGAGAAAUAAAAUGGAAAAAUGAUCAUUAUGGCUGUGAACUUUCUGAAAACACUUA